AUGCCCUACGUGAAACUUGGUUACCAAUACCUCAUAAACCACUUCUUUAUUGUCCUUCUGGUCCCAAUCAUAGCAUACAUGGCCUUAGGGCUUCUCCAAACGGGUCCCAAAGAGAUCAUUAGUCACUUGAAGUCACUCCACUUCGAUCUCUUUCAUAUCCUUUGUUCUUCCUUCCUCAUCCUAUUCGUUUUAACCGCUUACUUCAUGUCCAAGCCACGCACCGUAUACCUUGUAGACUACUCUUGCUACAAACCUCCCGUCACUUGCCAUGCCCCGUUCUCUAAGUUCAUCGAACACUCACUUCUCAACCUCAAAGACGAUCCCGAGAGCGUCGAAUUCCAAAUGAGAGUCCUCCAAAGAUCAGGUCUCGGACAAGAGACUUGUCUCCCUCCAGCUCUUCACAACAUCCCUCCAACUCCAACCAUUGAAUCCGCAAGAAGCGAAGCUGAAACGGUUAUCUUCGCCGCCAUGGACGAUCUGUUCAAGAACACAGGUCUGAAACCUAAAGAUAUUGACAUCCUCAUUGUUAACUGCUCUCUGUUCUCACCAACACCUUCUCUGUCCGCCAUGAUUAUCAACAAGUACAAGCUCAGGAGUAACAUCAAAACCUUGAAUCUCUCGGGGAUGGGAUGUAGCGCCAGUCUUAUCUCUGUGGAUGUAGCACGUGACUUGUUACAAGUCUACCCUAACUCCAAUGCAGUAAUAGUUAGCACUGAGAUCAUUACUCUUAAUUAUUACCAAGGUAAAGAGAGAGCUAUGCUGGUUCCAAAUUGCCUCUUCCGCAUGGGGGCUGCCGCCAUUCAUCUCUCUAACCGCAGAUCCGACAGGUGGCGAGCUAAGUACAAGCUCUGCCACCUUGUGAGGACACAUCGUGGUGCGGAAGACAAGUCCUACUAUUGUGUCUACGAGCAGGAAGACAAGGAAGGUCACGUUGGAAUUAGCAUGUCUAAAGAUAUAACGGCCAUUGCCGGAGAAGCCUUGAAGUCUAACAUCACAACCACAGGUCCUUUGGUCCUACCGGCAUCAGAGCAGCUUCUCUUCCUCUUAUCAUUUAUCGGACGUAAAAUCUUUAAUCCAAAAUGGAAACCAUACAUACCGGAUUUCAAGUUGGCCUUCGAGCAUUUCUGCAUCCAUGCAGGAGGAAAACUAGUGAUCGACGAGAUGCAGAAGAGUUUGCAGCUGUCGGACGAACACGUGGAAGCUUCGAGAAUGACGUUGCAUAGGUUUGGUAACACCUCUUCCUCUUCGUUGUGGUAUGAGCUUAGCUACAUAGAGGCUAAGGGAAGGAUGAUAAGAGGCAACAAGGUUUGGCAGAUCGCGUUCGGAAGUGGAUUCCAAUGUAACUCCGCCGUUUGGAAAUGUAACCGCACGAUCAAGUCACCAACGGAGGGACCAUGGUCGGAUUGUAUCGACCGAUACCCUGUCCUUAGCCCCUGA